UUUCUCUUGUUGUUCCUGAUCGCGUUGCUCAAGCGAAAAAAUGGCGUCGUUUGAUGAAGCACCACCAGGAAACGCCAAAGCCGGUGAGAAGAUCUUCAGGACCAAGUGUGCUCAGUGUCACACCGUCGAACAAGGCGCCGGUCACAAACAAGGACCAAAUCUAAAUGGUCUCUUUGGAAGACAAUCUGGUACAACUGCUGGUUACUCUUACUCUGCUGCUAACAAGAACAAAGCUGUCGACUGGGAAGAGAAGACCUUGUAUGAUUACUUGCUCAACCCCAAGAAGUACAUACCAGGUACGAAGAUGGUGUUCCCUGGGCUAAAGAAGCCGCAAGACCGCGCUGAUCUCAUUGCCUACUUGAAGGAAUCUACUGGGCCUAAGUGAUUCUAAUGGUGGAUUCUGAGUUGUUGAGUCUCUCAGAUGGGUACUUUUUUACUUUGCUAUAUUCUUUUGACAAAUAAAAUCUCAAAACUUUU